UUUUAGGCUAAAUAUCUUCCUCUAUACUUUUGCUUCUUUAUUAGAGGAUAUGAGAGAGGGAGAGUCCCUGCUCCAAAUUUCAUUGGUUUAGGCUGAAUAUCUUCCUCUCUACUUUUUUACCAGUAACCAGCCUCUCUUUCUCUUUACUCUUUCUCUCACUAAAAUUGACUUCCUUUCUUUCCCUUCUCUCCCACUAGAAUCGCUCAUAGAAAUUCAAUUUCUUUUGUGGUGGGUUCAAUCGGCUCGGAUGCGUCAAAGUAAAGCAGCUGAGGUCUCUGUGGGAGGAUAUGCGAUGGGAAGAAGGUUAUUGGAAUGGGAUCGUCGGAGAGGAGAUCGUUGCCUGAAACAACAACAGAGGCUCCACCACAUCGUCUCUCUCCUCUUGCAGGUCUGCCAUUUCGACCAUGCACCUGAGAACCUUCGAUUACCUCCGCCGACUAUGGUUGUUGCGAGAAUCCCUCUGUUGAUAGAGAUGAGAUUUGGAGCUGCAGAGUAUUUUUCCUCUUCGUCUAUGAUCUGUGCACUGGUACAUCCAGUGUCGAACCACAACAUAGAUCGGGGGCAUCAAUUCUCAUAUCAAGGUCUCGGCACGCCAGUACCCUGCAUCUGCAUUUGCGACUACAUUCAUCUACCUUUAGUAAGUCGUUCUUAAUCGCCCUGCCCAUUUCACUUGGACAUAUUCCUCUCCGGCUCACUACCAUAUAUAUUUUUAUUCAUUUAACAUCCAUAGAGGGAAUCAGUGGGAGGUCGACGAAAUAAUGGGAUCGAUCGAUUUGGGAUGUUAGGAGAGGUUGAAGCAGCGAAAUUGGCGAGUUCUAUGAGCUAAGCAGUGUGGAGUUUGGUAGCUGAAACUGCUCAUGAACGAUUGGUGAGCAGCUGGAACUAUUAUUUAGCAGUGAUGAGAAUCGCAAUGGGAUGUUUCUGUGAUUGUGAGGAGAAUCCAUCUCUCCGUUGCAGCAGCUGCAAUUGGAUGGGCAAGAAGGAGUAACCUGCUAAUCGAAUUUCUUGGAGGUUUUUGUACAUGUGUCCAUUCGAGUGAGGUUCACACAAGUUGGUGAUUGUGACUUUCAGUGCUCCUAUUCUCCGAUUUCUCCGUGGAUGCUUCCGGCAGGUUCUUGCGCGAGUUGCAGCAUGUCCACCCCUUGAUGACGAGCAAGGGACUUUCUUCAACAUGAGGACCAAGCAAUUCGGCUGUGAAGUGUUGAAGAUGAUCAAUGGCACUCACCAGAGGACUAAAGUCAUCUGCUGCUCUCAUAUCUUGGAAACCGACCGGCAGGCUUCAGCAAACCCUAGCUGGAUGCGUGGAGCUCACCGGCCUGGGCCUCCACUCCGGCAAGUCAUCCAAGGUAAUGAUAUCGCCGGAGUUCGCCAGGAAAGGGAGGUAUUUCGAUUGCAAUUCUAAUUGCUCCAUUCCCGCGUCAAUCGAUUUCGCGUUACGCCCUUCUCCUCUCAGCACCACUCUUUCCAAGGACGGGGUGCAGGUUCGGACGGUGGAGCACUUGCUCUCGGCUCUCGAAGCCACAGGCGUCGACAACUGCAGGAUUCAGAUCCACAGUUUGGACUCUGAUGAUUCCCAAGUCGAGAUUCCGAUACUCGAUGGUUCAUCCCGGCAGUGGGUUGAUUUGAUCCUAGAAGUCGGGUUGAGAGUAGCAGUAGAUGAAUGUGGUCGAUCUUGUGAACGAUUAGCUCCGCAUUUGAAUGAACCAUAUCAUGCCAGGGUCGAUGAUGCCUUCAUCGCUGCUUUCCCUUCUCCAGAGCUUCGCAUCACUUAUGGGAUCCACUUCCCUCAGGUUUCAGAAAUUGGCAGUCAGUGGGUCUCUUUUCCUCUCCUCGAUGAUUCUGUGUAUGUCCAACAAAUAGCUUCAUCGCGAACUUUUUGUCUGCUUGAGCAGGUUUUGGGAGCCUUGCAGGUUGAGCAGAUGCGGGAGGCAGGGCUAAUAAAAGGAGGAUCGUUGGAAAACGCCAUUGUUUGCAGUGCUAGUGAAGGUUGGUUGAAUGGGCCUCUGCGUUUACCUGACGAACCUUGUCGCCACAAGGUGUUGGAUCUUAUCGGCGACCUAUCCCUUUGUGCAGGGUCUGGUAAUCAAGGUCUUCCCGUGGCGCACAUAGUUGCCUACAAGGCAAGCUCUUUGAUGGUUUCUUCUACGUUUGUGUGUGGGGGACACGCGCUUCAUACGGAUUUUGCACGAGGACUGGCCAAAUCGUAGCUGACAAAAGCUAGCAGCUUCAGAUUCUUUUGGACCUGGAGGAGAUCCAGCCAAGUCUACAAUUUUGUGUCCCUCUAUCGGUGUAUCCAGUUGCCCUUAUUUUGUCAGUUUGGGCCGUGGAUAUCGAAGAAUAAUUGCUACCAUAGUUAGUAAAAUAUGGUACGGAAAGUUACGUAUGUAAUACGUACGGGUACUUUACUUCAUAUCUAAACUAAAGUUACAUUUAAUAAUACGUUAAUAGUCAUAAAUAUGUAUAAUUAAUUAUUUAUAAAAAUAAAUAAAUAUAUAAAUAUUAAAUAAUAGUAAAAUUAACAGUUUAAUUCAUCCUAGUUAUAUGGGGUUGGUAAAUGAAGCUUGGGCGACAGAGGUGCAUGGCUACCCCCAUUAUAUUUUCUAUGGGAAAAUUCAAGAAGUAAAAAAGAAACUUAACGUGUUGAACAUGGACGUUUAUGCAGCUAUUUCAGAGCAAACAAGGGGUCUUGA